AUGCAGCCCGACAGGGAGUUCCGGGUACAUCUCUGUGCGGCAGUGGCGCGGCUGCCGCUCUCUGUGGCCAGCGACCUAGGCCAGGGGACGCUGAGCGCCUGGGAGGCACAACGAGGGCAGGCGCGGAGCCGCCGCGAGGGGGCGCCUCAGAGCGCGGAGGUGACCAGAGGUGCCAUGGCGUCCCCCGGCGUCCUCCACAGCGGCGGAUCCCUGGGCCUCCUGGUCUGGCUCCUGGUCCUUCAGCCUCGGCUCAUGUGUGGCCAUCGGACUUCAAGGGUAGUUGGCGGAAGGCCGGCCCCAGAGAGGAAGUGGCCUUGGCAAGUCAGCCUGCAGAUCAAUGAUAAACACAUAUGCGGAGGCUCCCUCAUUGCCAGUUGGUGGGUGCUGACUGCGGCCCACUGCAUAUUUGGCCAUGUGGAAUACACAGUGAAGAUGGGAGACAUACGCUUGAUGCAUACCUCCAGGAUGGCAAUCAAGGUUCCAGUCCGAGACAUCGUUAUCCACAAAUAUUUUAAUCCUAUUGGAACAGUGGAAAAUGACAUUGCCCUUGCUCUGCUUGCCUUCCCUGUGAAUUUCUCCUCGCACAUCCAACCUGUGUGCCUCCCUGAAAAGGCUUUCAUGGUCCAAGCUGGUACAGAGUGCUGGGUGACUGGCUGGGGAAAACUAGAUGAAAGAGAACCAUCACAAGCAUCUACACUACUGCUUCAGGAGGCCGAGCUAAGCAUUCUUCGCUAUGAGAGAUGUAAUGAGGUGCUCAAAGAAAAGAUGGAAAGUCGAUUUGACAUGGUCAAGAAGGGGGCUAUCUGUGGUACCAGCCCCACAGGAAAGGAUGCCUGCCAGGGAGAUUCUGGGGGCCCCCUGGUCUGUCAACUUAAUGACUCAUGGGUCCAGGUGGGGAUAGUGAGCUGGGGCAUUGGCUGUGGUCACAAAGGGUAUCCAGGAGUUUUUACAGAAGUGAGUUUCUACAAGGAUUGGGUCAUUGCUAAAAUGAGUCAGGCCUCUCAUACAGACUCAGCAGGCUACUUCAGCCUAACGCUGUGUCUGGUGCUGCCUCUGGGCAUCCUGCUGACCCCAUGAUCACCCUGGCCCACACCCCCUCCUGUUUCUGAGUCUCACACUAGCCCUGCCUCUGACCUCCCACUCCUACUCAAUGCCCUUUCCUCAAUUUCGUUUGGGAUCCACUGACCCUGUGGAGAUCCACAUGACAGAGAGUGGCAGCAGGAAAGGAACCCUGGAAGUUUCCUGGCCUGGUGAUCCAGGAACCUGCGUUGUCC